GGAGGUUUAGGUGGCUAGGUCAGUGCCUGAAUAGAAUUCCAGAGCGGCUCUUCGGGCUGAUUUCCAUCGUUCUGGCGGCGCGCCUCGGUUCGCUUGGCGAGAGCUGCCGGAGGCGCUGGGCCAUGCGGGGCCGCGCGGGGAGCUUUGCGGACCCUCGCCUCAAGCAGCGAAUCAAGCAGUACCUAAGCAGUAAUAAAUGUGGCCGAUAUGUGGACAUUGGAAUUUUAGCAGCUGAUUUACAGAAAACUUACAGUGCAGAAUAUGGACGAAGAAAAAGAAAUGCCUUUAGAAUUCAGGUUGAGAAAGUGUUUGGUAUAAUCAGUAAUGAGAGAGAAUUUGAAGAUUUAACAACUUUAGAGAAUGAACAUGUGGCAAAAAGAGCAAGACACAGACGAGAAGGCAAUGAGGAUGUGGAAAGCUACACAGACGACUCAGAUGAUGAUGAUUACUCAGAACCUCUAUCCACAAAUCACCUGAACAGCUCUCUGCUGACCUUAUACCGGAAAGGAGAUCCUGAUUCUCUUCCAGCAACUCCGAAGAAUGAGCUGACAGAAACCAGUACCCCUGCACAAGUGACAGCACCCAGAACUAGUGCUCUUCCAUCUGGCACCCCACUUGAUACUAGGAUCUCUGAAGGUGGAUGGUUUAUUGAUAAAACCCCAGGUAGAAAAGAAGACAACUUCUUAAUUGACCUGAGUGAGGAAGAAGAGGAAAGGAAACAGAUAUCUGAGAAAUCAAAAGAUCUUUCUUUUUUGGAGAGUGAAGGAAAGAAGACAAAGAGUAAGAGACGAAAAAGAAGGAAAGAGGAAUCUCAAGAUGUAGAUGAAGAAAUAGAAUCUGUUUUGCGUAAGCAGAAAGUUAAAACUAAAGGACCAGAGCUGCAGUUCCCUUUAGUGAAAUUUGACGAUGUGGGAGGCAGUGAUGAAACUCUGAAGGAGGUAUGCAAGAUGCUGAUACACGUGCGUCACCCUGAAGUAUACAAUCACUUAGGCGUGGUCCCACCUCGAGGAUUUCUUUUACAUGGACCACCAGGGUGUGGAAAGACAUUACUAGCACAGGCAAUUGCUGGGGAACUUGAACUGCCACUGCUCAAAGUAGCUGCUACUGAAAUUGUAUCGGGAGUCUCUGGGGAGUCUGAACAGAAGCUGCGAGAGUUGUUUGAACAAGCUGUGUCCAAUGCACCAUGCAUCCUUUUCAUAGAUGAGAUUGAUGCAAUCACCCCAAAAAGAGAAGUUGCCUCGAAAGACAUGGAGCGGAGAAUUGUCGCCCAGCUUCUAACCUGUAUGGAUGACCUGAAUAAUCUGGCUGCCACUGCUCAGGUCCUAGUCAUUGGAGCUACUAACAGACCAGACUCGUUGGACCCAGCAUUGAGGCGCGCUGGAAGAUUUGAUCGAGAAAUUUGUCUAGGGAUUCCUGAUGAAGCAGCUAGAGAGAGAAUUCUACAGACUUUAUGUCGGAAACUUAGGCUCCCUGAAUCUUUUGAUUUUCAUUAUUUAGCCCAUAUGACUCCAGGCUAUGUAGGUGCUGAUUUGAUGGCACUUUGUCGUGAAGCAGCUAUGUGUACAGUAAACAGGGUCCUGAUAAAGUUGGAGGAGCAGAAAUGGAAAGGUGUGCAGGCUGGAGAAGCAAGGACUGAGCAAAACUUGAAGACUGGAACAGAAGCACUGGUGGAACAGGAUACUAAACAUUCAGAGCUUCCUGCUAAGGAUGAAUUGCAGAGGCUGCUAGAGUUGCUAAAGGAACAAGAUCCCCUGCUGGAGGAGCAGCUGCAGAAGCUCUGCAUCGAAAUGAAUGAUUUCAUUGUUGCACUGUCUUCGGUGCAGCCCUCCGCCAAGAGAGAAGGCUUUGUCACUGUCCCUGAUGUGACGUGGGCGGAUGUUGGAGCCCUGGAGGACAUUCGGGAGGAGCUCACUAUGGCAAUACUGGCACCUGUGCGGAAUCCAGAGCAAUUCAAAGCUCUUGGCCUGACAGCUCCUGCUGGUGUUCUACUUGCAGGGCCUCCUGGGUGUGGCAAAACACUACUGGCAAAGGCUGUAGCAAAUGAGUCUGGACUGAACUUCAUCUCUGUGAAAGGUCCUGAACUGUUAAAUAUGUAUGUUGGUGAAAGUGAGCGUGCUGUACGUCAGGUAUUCCAGCGGGCCAGAAAUUCAGCCCCUUGUGUUAUAUUCUUCGAUGAAGUUGACGCUUUGUGCCCUCGGAGAUCAGACCGUGAGGCAGGUGCCAGUGUCCGUGUGGUAAACCAGUUGCUAACAGAGAUGGAUGGUCUGGAAAAUCGUCAGCAGGUUUUCAUUAUGGCGGCUACCAACAGGCCAGACAUAAUUGACCCAGCUAUUCUGCGCCCUGGCAGACUGGAUAAAACACUCUAUGUGGGUUUGCCACCACCUGUGGAUCGACUUGCUAUUUUAAAGACCAUCACCAAAGGACUAGUGUGUUGAUGGCUCUGAAAGAAUCUCAUCAGACUUUCUUGAAUUGGAAAAUUGGCUGAGGCUUGUAUCUAGAGAAGGGAUGGGACUUUAAAGACUCCAUGAAUGAUGUGGAGG